CUUACACUAUAACGUGAGCGACGUCCCCAAGGGCACAUGCUGCGAGACAUUAGAUAUUACCUAAAUAGUUGGUGAAGGCUCCCCUCGGUUACAUUGUUAAUGGGUCUAGCUGAACAAUAACUUCGAAACGCAAAUUUACCAUCAAUCCUAAGAUUCUUGCUACUCUAGAUCCUCGAAUCAUUUUUAUCACAACAGACAUUCGGUUGUCGCAUAAUAAAAAGGGGGUUAGACUAUAUGACUUCAGUAUAGAGUUAAUCAUUUAUCCUAAACAUUAUACCGACGAACAAAGCUAUGAUCAAUUAAGCAAUAGAGCACGCCACUUCAAAGUUCAAAGUCAUUAUCCUAUAGCUUCAAAAAGUUCGGGCCUUACGGUAUUAGCAACUAUGUCUGCGGUCGAAGAAACAGGAGUAGGUAAUGGAGCCCUCAGUAACGAUAUCCUUUUAGUCUUCUUCCCUUUUCCAGAGAGAAAGGAAUGGAUAGAACACAUUACCAGUCGCUUCAAAGGUCUCCAAGUGCGAUGGGCCAAUGCGAUAAACCCCGAUCACUCCGUCGUAACAGCUACAGAUGUCGCCGCGGAGAUGUGGGAUGGAGUGACCAUACUCUCCACGUUUAUGCCGCCUCCGGCCGAGCUGAUACCAAACGUCCGCUUCGUCCAGGUUACCUCGGCCGGUGUGGAUAGGUGGCCGAACCAUCCCACGUAUCAGGACGAGAAAGUCAAGUUCUCUACUUCGAACGGCAUUCACGCGCCGCAAAUCGCGGAAUGGGUCAUCGGCGCCUGGCUUUCGCAUCAACAUAACUUCCUGCACUACGCUUCGAACAUGAAGGCGGGAAACUGGGAAUCGCCCUUUGCAGCACGUAUUCAGGAUUCAACGGGACAGCAAAUAGGUAUCUUAGGAUAUGGCGCAAUCGGGAGACAAUGUGCACGCUUGGCUAGUGUCUUGGGCAUGGAGGUCUAUGCUUAUACGCGCGGUGAACGGUCUACCCUAGAGUCGCGCAAAGAUGACAGUUACUGCGUGCCGGGUACUGGCGAUCCUGAUGGGAUUUUACCGGCGAAGUGGUUCCACGGCACGAGAAAGGAAGACGUCAACGAUUUCCUUGCCCAAGGUCUCGACCUACUAGUUGUUAGCUUACCGCUAACACCAGAGACGCGACAUAUCAUAUCUGACGAGCAGUUCGAGAUUCUUAGUAAAAGAAAGACCUUCGUGGCGAACAUCGCAAGAGGCGGCCACAUCAACCAAGAUGCGCUCGUCAAGGCGCUAGAGACAGGUCAGAUUCGGGGGGCUGCGCUAGAUGUGACAGAUCCGGAGCCCCUACCCAGUGAGCAUCCGCUGUGGCGGGCCCCAAACCUCCUCAUCACUCCGCAUGUAAGCUGGAAGACCGACAACCUCUGGAAUAGAUUGCUAGAUAUCCUGGAACUUAACCUUGAAAAGUUAGCUACUGGAAAGCCGCUUAUCAACGUAGUGAACCGCAAGCUUCACUACUAAUAGGAGGUGGGGGAACCUGUAGAAGG